GACGCCCUCUUCCUUCCCUUCCCAACCUCCUUUUCUCCGUAAUCAACUUCCGCGGUCAUGGUUUGGGGCCUCUUCCCAUCCGAAUCCCUCAGAGGUACCCAGAAGUACUACAUCUUCUCCAAAGGAUCUUACAAAGUUGGCCGAAGAGAAUGUGAUAUCACUGUCCAGACAGACACCGCUGUGUCAAGACUUCAUGCUGAGAUUAUCUUUGAUGAAGUUGAUCAGUCCUGUGUUCGUGUUGUGGAUCGUUCGAAAUUUGGGACCUGGAUUAACAAGGAAUUGGGGGCGAAGGCUGUUCGUCUGCGGGAGAAUCAGGAGGCAAUGAUUAAUGAUGGGGAUUUGAUAUCUUUUGGGACUGGUAAUGCGACCAUUUUUGUUUUUAUUUCCUUUUUGUUUUAUAUUCAUGGUUUUGAAAGCGAUGGAGUGAAUCGUUCUCUCGAGGCUACCAUUUCCUCUAUCGGUGGCUCUGCUGCAUAUAAUUGGAACGCAUUGUGUACACAUGCUGUUGUUGAACGGACAUCUCCUGUUACAAAUGCACUCAUUGAAGCAGUUAUUGCAAAGAGGCCUAUUGUUCUUUGUGAUUGGCUGCAGGUUCUCAGGGAGAAAAGCAUUCGCACGGAAGUUCCUAGUUGCGCAUCGUACACCGCCACAUUGGUACUUGAAGGUACACCAGUAAAGAUUGCUGAGUCAAAGACUAGGGACAAAUGUCUAGAAGGGUACACAUUUAUACUGGGAUCAUCAUGCAACAAGUAUAAAUUCUGGGAUAAGCUUGAAACAUUGUUAGAAGUGGUUGGAGCAAGGUUUCUCAGUGUUGAUGAAUUUUGUUCUGAUAGCCAGACUUCAACAGAUGGAGAAAAUUGCCACUUUGUUUUAGUAAUUCCUGAAGAAGCAAGAAAUGAAUUCAAUCACCAUAAGCAGCUCACUUCUUUGUCCAGAGUCAGUGAUGUGAAACUGGUAGCUGCCAUUUUAUCUGGGCGUUUAGAGCCAUCUAACAUUGAGCCAGCUUCCAAUCUGAUAAUACGCAACCCUAUUAUUGCUAGAUCAGUGUAUAUUGACCUUGAUAAAAUACUUGGCUUCUGUCUAAAUCAGGCAUGGACUAUAACCAAAGUGAUUUGCAAUAUAUCCUUACUGUGGCCAGUUGUAGUGAUUAUAUCACAUUUGCGCAAUCAGAAUUUUGGACUCAGUAAAUCAAAUGAUGGUGCCUAUCUUCUUUUCUUAAAGUCUAUUAGAGUUGUUGUGGUUUCAUCCUCGCAUUCCACUGAUGAUACUAUAGUUGCUGAUUCUGAUGUUGAAAUAGACACUGCUGCAUCUGAUCAUGUCGAUAAUUCUAGCAAACUUGAGGGAUACAAAAAUUCCUCUAGAGCACAUGAAGUUGAAGAUGUGAUUAGAUCUCCAGACAAAAUCUCUGCCACAGAGAACAAAGGCACAGAUGAGAAUGCUGUGAAUUACGAUAUCUCUAAAGACAAGACUGGAAUUUCUAGUUCAAGUGGUGCGGGCACUAUCCUUCUGAAGAAAAAGGACAAGAUUGAUGCAUCAGUGACAGACGAAUUCCGAAAUUCUGAUAUUAUAUACAAUCCGGACUUGAUUAACUUCAGAAAGAAGGAUAUUGUGUCGGGUAAUAGCUUCAGAGACCUUAUACCUUUCUCGAAAGACUAUUACAAGGAAGGAGAUGACAGAACAACUGAUUACAUGAGGGAAGAGAGGAAACGGAAACAAAUGGAAGCCAUUGCUGAAGAUUUAUUCAACAAUGAAAAGGCAAGGAAACGCGCUGGUCCGGGUACUUCUCUUCGGGCCUUGUUUGCUCGCCGAUGACAUUGAAUUGCUGUUAUUUUGCUUGCUUUGAAGUUCAUCAGGAAGAUUAAUGGCUAAUGCCCGUGCCCUAAUUUCUUAAGCAGCCAUCCAGUUCGGCCCUAGUGAAGUAUUAACAUGACCAAUGUUGAAUCGGGUGUCUUAACAAGCCGUGUAUACCAAGUAAACAUACAUCUCAUCAGUCAAUCAAACUGCCCAACCAAUUUAUAAAACCAUUUUGAUUGUUUUCUUUUGGGGCAAUUAAUUAAAGGCUGAAAAAAAAAAGCAAUAAGCAAACCUUCAUGAUGUGGUGAAAAGUUUAUGUACAUGCGGCAUGAUUGAGUUACACAUUUCGCAUGAUUUAGACUUGCGCAUCUGGAUUUAUGUGUCUAGUCAUCAAGCAGAAGAAAUUUGAGCUUUAAGAUGCAGCGGGCUUGUUUAGCAAUUCAAAUGUAAAGAUGGAAUCUCUGGAGACGGCAAAGUUUGCUUUACCAUUUAAUAGAGGAAGUUGAAUUUCAGGAGGAAGCAAAACUUGCCUAGUCUUUAAAUAGGAAAGAAUGAACUUUUAAGGUGUAUU